UCGCCAGCGCCCCUCGCGGGCAGCGCCUCUCCCCGCCUUCCAGGCGGGCUCGGCGGCCCCUCUGGUCACAUGCGGCCUCUGUCGGGAGGGGGGGUGGGGGUGGGGGGGGGGGAAGGAAUGAGCACCGAUACUGCACCCACUGCGCGUGUCCGCACAGGGAUAGAAUCUCACCCCCCUCGGGAGGUCGGGGCUGCUGUGAGUCCCGUCUCAUACACAGGGAAACGGAGGCUGAAGGGACUUGGGCGCGCUCUGACCUUCCCGCGCCCCCCGGCCUCCCCACCCCCUUCCCACACCCCCAUGACCGCAGCUCCGUUAUGCUGCGCGCCUCCAAUUCUGCAAAGCGCUUUGCAAAGAUCUUUUAGGAAAUGGCUCGAUAGAAACUGUCCAGAGGACAGAGGAGCCCGCAAAUGCUGAUCCGCCAAGGUCAAGUUUGGUAGGGGGUGAAGCUGGAGGAGGGGAGGUCAAGAACAACCUCCCGGGUCCUCAAAUUCUGGCGGAUUAGGCAGGCUAAAUACUGCUCAACCUCCAGUGCGCAGGCGCACUCCAGACGCGCUAAAUGAGAACGCGGAGCCCUCUGGGAGAUGAAGUCCAGGGAUGCGCCUGGCGAAUCGGCCCAGGCGGGGGUGUCACGCAUCUUCCUACAUACGGACUUCAUCUCCCAGAAUGCAGAGGGAACUGCUCAGGCGGAAGUUGUCGCGCCCGGUGUAUGUUGGGAAUCGUCCUUCCGUGUUCUGGCCCGGCUGUCCUUCCGGUCCAGAGAGUGAGGCCUCCCGUUGCCCCGAGAGUCGGGACUGUCUGAUUAGGCUGCGUGGAGGCCCCGGGACUGCGCAGGCGCAGCCUUGUCCCUGCGCCCCCCUGGUGGAGCUGAGAGGCGGGAGCGCGCCCUGGCGCCCUCUGCGGGGAUCCCCGCGGCUGCCCGCACUGGGCCCCCGGCAGCCCCUGGCAGGUGGCUCCCGUCACGGAGGCGGGCGCUGGGGGGGCCUCGGCCGCGCUUGCUGACUGACCUUCUGGGCUGGGCAGAGAAGACCCAGGGAGGAGCCAUAAGUGAGCAGCAGCCAUGGAGAGCUCGGCCUCCCAGGCCCGAGUUCAGGCUCCUCAGUAUCCUGCCAUCCCCCAAGGCUGGAGUGUGGAGGAUGACGAAGGAAUGACUUCUGGGUUCCUGUUAUCCAGAUUCCAGGAAUCAGUCACAUUCAAGGAUGUGGCUGUGGAGUUCACCUGGGAGGAGUGGAGAGAUCUGGAUCCCCUGCAGAGAGCCCUGUACAGGCGCGUGAUGCUGGAGAACUACAAGAACUUCGUCUUCCUGGGAUUGCCCGUUUCCAACUUGGACAUGAUCUCUCUGUUGGAGAGAGGAGAGGCACCUUGGAUGCCCGAGGGAGAAGUGCCAAGAAGGCACUACCCAGAUUUCCAUACUCAGGAGACCAGAUGUGAAACUCGGCGAUCAGGAUGGUCACAGGCCAUUAGCACAGGAGCAGCGUCUAAGAAAAGACUUAAAGGAGACAGUUCCCAGCAUUAUCAAAUGGGAGAAAUUGGAGAAUAUGAUGCCGUUUUAGAGAGAGGAUCCAGAAGAGUAGCAGGUGCUUACAGGACAGCUUUUAAUAGCGUGAGCCUACCUCAGUGUAAUACUUUCAGGAGAAGUUUUAGUCCAGGGUCUGGAUUUGCUACACCAUGGAGUAGUGGUGUGGGGAAAAGUCUCCAUAGACAUAAGACACUUGGUAAGAGCUUCCAAGGGAUUUCUGACCUAAUUAAAUGUACUACAGUGUCCAUUGGGAAGAACCAUUCUAAGUAUAACAUUUGCAGGAAGCCCUUCAGCUACCACUCAGAUCUACUUAAGUUUCACAGACUACAUGCUGGAGAAAAGCUACAUGAAUACAGCGAAAGUGGAAACACCUUCGGCAGAAGAUCAAAUCUUCCUGAACAUCAGAGAAUUCAGGCUGGAGAGAAACCCUGUGAAAGUGGUAAACGUGGCAAAGAUUCCAUCAGUAAGAGACCUUUGGUUCAUCAUGAAGGCAUCCACACGAGAGAGAAACCCUUUUCCUGUAGUGACUGUGGGAAAGCCUUCAGCAAGAAGGGACACCUCAUUACCCAUGAGAGAAUUCACACUGGAGAGAAACCUUUUGAAUGUAACCACUGUGGGAAAGCCUUCAGCAAGAAGGGACAUCUUAUUAGCCAUAAAAGAACUCACACUGGAGAGAAACCUUUUGAAUGUAUAGAAUGUGGAAAAGCCUUUAUCCAGAGGGGAGACCUUAACAGACAUCAGAGAACGCACACAGGUGUGAAGCCCUUUGAAUGUAAUGAAUGUGGCAAAACCUUCACGGAGAAGGGAGCCCUGAUUAGACACCAGAGAACUCAUACUGGACUGAAACCUUUUGAAUGCAGUGAGUGUGGCAAAGCCUUCAGUGCAAAGGGAACCCUUAUUAUACACCAGAGAACUCAUACUGGAGUGAAACCCUUUGAAUGCAAAGAAUGUGGGAAAGCCUUCACGGAAAAAGGAGCCCUUAUUAGACAUCAGCGAACUCAUACUGGAGUAAAACCCUUUGAGUGUAAUGAAUGUGGCAAAACUUUUAUUGACAGCGGAAGCCUUAUUCGACAUCAAAUAACUCACACUGGAGUGAAACCUUUUGGAUGUAAUGAAUGUGGGAAAGCCUUCAGCCAGAAAGUACACCUUAUUAAACACCAGUUAACUCAUACUGGAGUGAAACCCUUCAGUUGUAAUGAAUGCGGAAAAGCCUUUACUUUGAAGAGUCUCCUUGAAAGACAUCAAAAAACUCAUACUGGAGUGAAACCUUUUGGAUGUAAUGAAUGUGGGAAAGCCUUUACCUUGAAGGGACAUCUUGAAAGACAUCAAAUAACUCACACUGGAGUGAAACCUUUUGGAUGUAAUGAAUGUGGGAAAGCCUUUGGCCAGAAAGUACACCUUAUUGAACAUCAGUUAACUCAUACUGGAGUGAAACCCUUCAGUUGUAAUGAAUGCGGAAAAGCCUUUAGUUUGAAGGGACACCUUGGAAGACAUCAGAAAACUCAUACUGGAGAGAAACCUUUUGAAUGUAAUGAAUGUGGGAAAGCUUUCAGUCAGAGGGAAACUCUUAUUAGACAUCAGAAAAUUCAUACUGGAGAGAAACCUUUUGAAUGUAACGAAUGUGGGAAAGCCUUCAGUGAGAGGAGAACCCUUAUUAGACAUCAGAGCAUUCAUACUGGGGUGAAACCCUUCCAGUGUAAUGAAUGUGCUAAAGCUUUCUCUCGGAAAGAUGAACUCAUUAACCAUCAGAGAACUCAUACUGGAGCGAAACCCUUUGAAUGUAAAGAGUGUGGGAAAGCCUUCGGUGAAAAAUUAAACCUUGUUAACCCUUGGAUGUUAACUCAUACCUGCAUGCUCUAUCCUCCCAAUACAACAUGGUUAACUUCUCAGCAUUAGUGGAUACCCUACUUACGUAUGAUGACUUGUCCUGAUGAAAACCCCUAUAUGUUUAAUAUGGGACAGUCAUAGGAAACAUUAGUGAAUUAAUGUGAAAGGUGCUAAAGAGUAGCUGGAUAGAUAUAAUUGUGAAAGUAAUAGUCAACUUUUCUUGAAUACCAUAGAUAUGAGCUGAUAGUGAAUGUCACCAGCCACCAUAUUAUUUGGAGUUCUCAGAGAUUUUUUUAAAACACUAUCCUUCCUUGACAGUCCUUGCUGCAACACACCAAAGGUGCCAUUAGGUAAUAGUAUAGUUUCUUAUUGUGGAUCAAGUGGGCUUGAUUUGGAAUUUGUUUUGUUUUUUAAUUAAACAUUCUGGCAAAACCACUGAAAUUUCUUAAACUAGCUCAGUUCUCUCUUUUUUUUUCCUUUUUAUUUCAGAAUUACUCAUCUACAAAAACAUUUAAAUUUUAAAAGCAUUACCACAUCAGGGAAAGUAAUCUUUAUUUACAUUUUGUUAAAUAAAGCAUAUGUAUUUUGCUUCAACAAGCUGGUAACAAAUCACUUUGUUCGCUUUUUUAUUGCCUUCUGAAGUUCUUUUUUCAUGUGUUUUUCAAUGAUUUUGGUGUUUACACAAAAUCUAAGUGUAUAUGUUUUUUCUUCCUCUGUAACCCUAACCCGACUCUAA